UAAUCGUUGAUUCCAGGGUUUUGUAAUCUUAAUCAAAGUGCGUUAGUAUUUUAAUUUUGUGUGUCAGGUCAUCAGGCAGAGGAGCCUCGCAAAACCAACGGCCCCAAACGUUCUCUUCUCCCGCUAACGUUACCCCGGCGGGACUCGGGUUGUCGGUGACAUGGCCGUCGGGGUUCUUUCUUUGCAGGGAUCUUUCAACGAACACAUCGCAGCGCUCCGAAAAAUUGGAGUGAAGGGUGUGGAGAUAAGGAAGCCUGAACAGCUUCAGAAUAUUACUGCCCUUAUCAUCCCUGGAGGGGAGAGUACCACCAUGGCCAAGCUUGCUGAAUACCAUAACCUGUUUCCUGCCCUCCGAGAUUUCGUCAAAAUGGGGAAGCCUGUGUGGGGGACCUGUGCGGGACUUAUCUUCUUGGCAAACAAGGCAAUUGGACAGAAGUCUGGAGGACAGGACCUCGUUGGGGGACUAGAUUGCACUGUCAACCGGAAUUUCUUCGGCGGUCAGCUUCAGAGCUUUGAGACAGAGCUUUUAGUGCCGGAGAUUGCAGCAACGGAGGGUGGUCCUUCCACUUUUCGUGGAGUUUUUAUCCGGGCUCCUGCAGUACUGGAAGUAGGGCCAGAAGUUCAGGUCCUGGCUUAUUAUUCUGUUCCAUCCAAUAAUUCAGCAGAGUCAAAAUCCAACUCUGAAAAUCAGCUGGAAACACCUGUGUCAAAAGAGAGAGUGAUUGUAGCUAUUAAGCAAGGGAACUUGCUUGGCACAGCUUUCCAUCCUGAAUUGACUGCUGACACUCGAUGGCACAGUUAUUUCUUGAAGAUGGCAGGUGUGGUUACUGAGCAAAGUAGCAACUCUAUAAUCAAAGAAGAAUAUUUCAGUGACAAUCGACAACAAAAGAACGAUCUCCCUAUAUUUCAAUGGUAAUAGUAUCUGAUGGAGAUGUUUGUCCAGUUUUAGGUUUUUAGUUGGUGUUACCUUUGAAGGUGAUUGAUUUGUAUUAGGGCCUAUUGCAUGUAAAGGGGAAAAGUCUGAAAAAAACCCCCUUCCUUUUGGGGCGGUUGAAUCUGUUUUUAAAUUUAUUGAAUGAAUACAAAACUCUCCUCUGUAGUUCCUUGAUGCAAAUAUUAAGCAACUAAAAAAAAAAAAAAGAUGCUACCCUACUUCUGUUGAA